GCCCACCAUCCGGUUACGUUGCGUCCGGUAAUUGCAGCCGCACGCUCCCGUCUCUGGGACGGGCGGUCUACCCUGACAUGGUCCAACAUGCCUUCCUCUAAGGAUCGCGAUGCCGAUGGCGUUGACGACCGCCCGCGCGAGAAGCCACACCGAUCAAAAUCCGAGCGGAAGGAUAAGGAUCGGGACAGGGAAAGAGACAAGGACAAGGACCGGAAAAGGGAGCGGGACAGGGACCGUGACAGGGACCGGGAUCGCGACGCCGACCGGGACAAAGACUCGCACUUGUCGUCCUUCCAACGCCAUCACUCCCAUCGGUCCUCUAGGUCCUCCAAGCUGAAGGCGACCGACAGCGAAGCACACUCCCGACCCCACCGACGGCACAAACCGAGGGACAUGGACGGGGACGAGCUGGACGGCAGGCCGGCGGGCACGAGGUCCUUGACUGAUCUGGUCCCGGAGCUCGCGAGGGGCCUGGAGAGCGAGCGAGGGAGCAUUCCGUAUCCGUCAUUCAGCAAGGCCCACAGCAAGGAGUUUCUGCAUAGCAAGGAGGACGUUUCGUCGCCUGCUACACGGCGGACGGACCCCCUCACACCAGAUACCACGGAUCUCGGCGGCAGCGAGAUGAGGCGGUCCAAGUCGGCCGACUCACCCGGGGCUGCCCGGAAGACAUCGACUGCACGGCAGGACGCCCGCCAGGACGACAGGCCACCGUCGCCCCCCGAGACAGACCUGUCGGCUCAGAAGAAACAGGGAUCCGAAACCCCAGGCUCGGUCAAAGAAGCGGGUCUCCCGGACACGAGGCCCUCGUCCCGAGGCUCGUGGGUCUCGAGGUCCACCUCCAAGCACGAAUCAAAGUCGAGAAUCUCGAAGACGUCGAGCCAGGCAACCUUUGUCAUGCGGCCGGCCGCUUCGGUUAGGGCUGCGCGCGCUGGAGACUCCCAAACGGCAAAAUCUGAGAUAACAAAUGCGUCUACGGUCGAACAGGGCUCGACCGCAACGGCUCUUCCCAGGCGGAGCGUCUCCGCUGCCAAACAUUCGCCCGUCGACGCGGCGGAUUCCUCGCCGGAGUCGGCGAUCGAUGUCUCCCCCAAAACGCCCACACAUGCUCCCGAUUUCCCACCGCCGCCGGUGAUAGCCGAAGAGAAGCAUCACUAUAGCACAUCCGACGUGCCCACCCCUUCGGCAACCCCGGCAUUCACGCCAGCGCCCCCUCCUCCUCCGCCGCCUCCGCCGCCGCCGCCCGCGUUCAACCUCCAAGAGGUGCCGCGCGUGGACUACCUUCUGCAGAAUGGCGGCUUGCCGCAUCCCGUUCCCAGGUCAUUUCUCUCCGUCUUGCCCCGGCAAAACGGGACUCGGCCAUCGAACCCGCCACUACAAGGCGCCGAGAUUCUCUUUGCGCCCUUCUUCGACCUCCUCAGGCAAUACCAAACGGUGCUCUCAGGUCACGGUUCCAUUGCCGUCGCGACUGGCCAUCGGACCGUCGCACGGCGCCUCCUCGAUCGGUUAGAGAAUGUGUUUUCUCGGGACCUCUCGCCAGACGGCUGUCCCUGUAUCAUGUGCGAACGCUCAGGCGAGCCUCACCGGGGCUUGGGCUGGGGUGAGGUGCUCGAACGGGUGAGCGGGAGGAUAGCCCUGCCGCCAUGGCCGCCGUUUGACUUCUCUCUGCUGAGCAGCAAAGCAGUCGAGGAAUUGGCCGACGUCCCACCCCGGCCAUCAUCGCCGGUGAAGAUGGACCCCGACAUUGCCGAGGAGUUUAGGGAACACUACCUGCGUCAGACAAAGCGAGUGCGGGCGGCCGUGGACAAGUGGAUGACCAACUGCGAGAAGACUGCUGCUCCGCCGCCCCAGGAUAUCGACGACGAGACGCUCGCCUUCGCCAUCCUCACCAACCUGGAGUAUGAGGACCGGCCUUACUUUAACGCCCUGCUCGCCGGCUCGCGCGAGCUCCAAUCUGCGGUGCGGGCGCCAACGCCUCUCCGCAGCCCCCGCAACGACUUCAUGGUCAAGUCGGGCCUGUCUCUGCAGAGGCUAUACCGCCUCCAGCAGGCACCGCGCGAUGCCGAAACGGCCGUCUACCUCGUCAAGAACCCCGGGACGCACGAUCUCCUCUACACCAUAUCCGACAUCAGCGCGUCGGAGUGGGAGAUCCUCACCUCGGGCCGCUUCGAUGGCUUCCUGUGGUCCGGCGCCGAAGACGACGGCAUCGCCUUCGGCGAGGGACCGUCGCGGCUGGCGACCCCCGCCAGCGGCAUGUACCCGGCCUCGCGCAUCAUGAGCCCCGCCGCCGCCGGCGGUAGAGGCCUAGGCGGCCCGCCCAUGUCGCGCACCACGACGCCCUUCGGCCCUUUCAUGCGCGGCCAGACGCCCGCGUCCUUCGUCAGCGGCAUGUCGGCCGCGUCGUCGUCCUACCCCGUCCGCGCGGCAGUCACGAAUGACGAGGAGGCCGAGGUCGCGGCGCUGGCCGAGCUCGAGCGCGAGAUCUUCAACGGCAUGGAGGCGCUCGAGGACGCGUUCGAGAAGCUGCACGAGCAGGCCAUGGCGGUGCGCGACGGGCUGCGCCGCCGCGGCGCGGCCCUGCAGAUGAGCCUGCAGCAGCGGCGCGGCGGCGUCGGCGCCGGCAGGGGCAUCGACGUGCUCCCGCUCUCCGGGUCGAGCGGCACCUACGACCGGCCGGCGUGGGCGGAUGAGGAGAGCAUCGACGGCGCGGACAGCGAGUGGGGCGGGGACGAUAUCAGCGAGCUGGCGCCCGAUGACUCGGCCAGUCAGGUCAGCAGCAACCGCCUGCGCAGGCCCAAGAGGAGGCGGGAGCGGGCCACGCCGGCGCCGAUCGAGGAGGAGGAUGAACAGUGAGGGGGAACCAGACAGUUUGGGUUUAGGGUGCAUGACGUUUGGGGGCAAUUCAUUCACGACUAAGGCAUGGAAGCAUGGAGUUGUAAAGCGAUCGUGUUCUCAAUUGCUGGCUGCGAAAUUUCUUCCUCU